AUGUCUGCGGCUGCACGGGCAUUCACGGUUACCGAGUUUAAUCAGAAGUUUAUUGAGACCCAGAAAAUAAACCCUGCAUGUGCUGCAUAUUUGGUUGACAUAGGUUCUGACCACUGGACUAGAGCUCAUUUCAAAGGCCAGCGGUUCAAAGGCCAGCGGUACAACAUGAUGGACUCAAACAUUGCUGAAACUUGGAAAGGUGUCAUUAAGGAAGCAAGAGAAUAUCCACUUAUCACUAUGUUUGAAUACAUACGCAUGACCGUUAUGGGCUGGCUAGCAUUGCGUAGAGCAAAAGCAAACCGAGAGCAAGGAACCCUCACACCAAAUGCCCGGAAAUUGGUUGAGGAGAACUAUGAACUAUCAACUGGUUUGUCAGUACGUGAUAUUGGGGAGUUGGAGUUUCAAGUGCAGGGCAAUGCGGGAGAGUGCUUCACCGUUUUAUUGGGACCUGGCAGCUGCAGUUGUAUGAAAUACAAAUCGAUUGGCAUACCAUGUAUUCAUGCUCUAGCUGCUGCAACAAGGAUUGACUUCCCUUCUGAUGCUUUGGUGGCGCCACCAUACUAUGUGACAACUUGGAGACAAGGAUUUGCAGGAAAAAUUUACCCAGUCCCAUCAGUCGGAGGGAUAGAAAUAGGGAGUGGUACUCCAAAUGACCUUCUCCCACCGGCGGUGCGGCGCCCACCUGGCCGUCCAAGGAAAGUCCGCAUUCUCUCCCAUGGGGAGUAUAAGAAAGGAGGCACCUCAUCCUCUAGGAAAUGCAAACGUUGUGGCCAUUCAGGUCACAACAAGGCGUCCUGCCGUAACCCUAUAUAA